AUGGCAUUCCUAAAAGUAUUAAGCUGCAGUCUAAUAUUCAUUGUCGCGGCGGUUCCUUUUAAUGAUGCACAAUUGUCCGUACUACCGAAGUUGGAUGUACAGCAACAUUAUAACAUUCAUUUUGAACUAUAUGUUAAUGAGGAUAUCUUUUAUGGCGAAUAUAAUGUCCGCAUAUAUAUUCCUGAUGAAAUGCAAGAUAUAUAUUUUUGUACAGAAAAUUUGUCGAUAACAAAAAUUACAAUAACAAAUAAUACACAAAUAUCUGAAGAAAGCAAAGAAGAAGUUUUUGCUCAUAGACCGAAGAAAUUUAUCUAUGACACUGAAACGAAUAUAACCACCAUUUCUCUACCGUAUAAUUUAUCAUCAGGAAAUUAUACUUUGAAUUUGAAAUUUUCCGGUUUUUUAGCUGAAGAUGGAGGAUUUAGAACUUACAUGAAUAAACAAAAUGAUAAAGUGUGGUUGUCCGCAACGCAUUAUUACAAAUUUGCGACUCGAAAAUUAUUUCCAUUUUUGAAGGAUACUCUAUAUGCUAGUUAUAACAUUUCUAUAAAGCAUCAUACAAACUAUACGGCUUUAUCAAAUAUGCCCGUCCAAGAAGUAAAUAUGGAUGAAAAUAAUAUGCAAUGGACACGCUUCAAAUCUACUCCUAUAAUGCCCGUUUAUUUCAUAGCAGCGGAUGUGUUUCAUCUCUCCUUUACUUCAGAAACAAAUCAGAGUGCCAGAUUAUUGUGCAGAACUGACAUGUUACCGCGUGUGCAAUUUGCAUACACAGUUGCUAAAAAUAUUACGCAAUUCUUAGAAAAGGAAUUGCCGUACAUCAGGAAAACUCCGGAAGUAAAUCACAUCACAAUUCCGGAGUUGUUCGACACAGAAGAGAUAAUAUUGGGAUCCAUUCUUCAUAGAGAAGAAGAUAUUAUCUAUAAUGAAAGAAUAGAAUCUGAGAUACGGAAAAUUGAAAUAACACAAGUAAUAGCAUAUAAGCUGGCUUACGAAUGGCUUUUUAAUGGAAUCAAUCCAUAUGAUUGGGAAUUCUGGUUAAGCAAAGGUUUUGCUACAUUUCUUGGAAUUUACGCCGCCAAUAAGUAUCUACAGCGAGAUACAGAUUAUAUCGCAUGGUAUCCUAUGUUCAAAAGCUUGGAAUAUAUGUCGGGUUUCUUUGCAUUUCCAGAAAGCGCACCUAUAAAGGACAAAAUAAUACCAUUAUUGAAUACGAUUUUAUGGGAAAUAAAAUAUCCUAAUUUGCAAUCAGAUAGAUUGAGACAGAAGAGCGUUUUCAUUGAAAGUUUGAGACAAGAGACUACAAAAUGGUUAUGCACCUUGGAUCAGAUCACGUGCUUAUCAAUAGCUCAAAAUGAAUUAAACCGAUUUAUCUCGAUUCGUAAUACCAACCGCACUAAGUAA